AUGGCGGAGGACCUGGAGGCGCCUGGAGGACGCGACUGCGGAGCGGACGAGGACGCCGGCCCUGGGGACCAAGGCGCCGUGGAGGGCGAGGACCUGGAGGCCCCCGAGUCUGGAGGGCGGCACUGCGGAGCGGACGGCGACUCUGGAGGCGAAGGCCCCGUCCCGGCGGAGACCCCGCAGCUGGUCAUCAGCGGCACCUUCUCGCUGGCUGGCCCGGCCGGCGGUGCGGGGCAGGUGGAGCAGGCCUCGCGGCGGCAGCGAGGCGGGAAGGCGCGGCUCGCGUACAAGUGCGGGGAGUGCGGCAAGAGUUUCCGGGCCGAGGCGGACCUGCGGAAGCACGUGGCGGGGCACUCCAAGGCGGGGCGGCACGCGUGCGGAGUGUGCGGCAAGCUGUGGACUUCGGCUUCGCAUUUAAAGCAACACGAAAGGAUCCACACCGGGGAGAGGCCGUACCAGUGUGACCAGUGUGGGAAGAAGUUCAUUCUUAGCCAACACCUCACUGUGCACAAGAGGACUCAUACUGGAGAGAAGCCGUACCAGUGUGACGUGUGCGGGAAGAAGUUUAUUCAGGAUCGCGAUCUUACGAGGCACAAAAGUCAAAUAGAUGGUAUCUAUGAAUUUGAUACGGAUUCACUUUGUAAUGCCAUAUUUCUCAUUCUUACUACGAGCAUUGCUGAUGUGAUUUGA